AUGUGCAAUGUUACGACUUGUACCGAAAUGUAUUUUACGGCCGAAAACCUUAAAGCUUCAAAGAAAACCAAAACUCCCAUUGCAGCAGCUUCAACUGAAACUCAUGAAGUGCCCAAGUUGCAACUUCGUGAUUAUCAAGAAGAAUGCAUCGAUUCGGUUCUAACCUCUCUGGAAAAUGGACAUAAGAGAGUCGGUAUAUCGCUUGCUACUGGAAGUGGGAAAACAGUCAUCUUCACACAACUCAUUGAAAGAAUCCCACCACCAAACAAGGAUGCUCAACAGACAUUAAUCUUGGCUCAUCGCCGCGAGCUUGUGGAGCAAGCAGCAAACCACUGCCAGCGUGCGUAUCCAGAUAAAAAGAUCGAGAUUGAGAUGGGAAAUGUCCACGCAACUGGAACAGCAGAUAUCACUGUCGCCAGCGUACAAAGUAUAACGUCACAAGGUCGACUUCAGAAGUUCGACCCGUCUCGCUUCAAGCUUUUACUGGUGGACGAAGCCCAUCACAUCGUUGCUCCAGGUUACCUCAAGACCCUACGCUACUUUGGACUCGACAAAAAGCGGCCAGAGUCACCAAAUUUAGUUGGUGUAUCUGCUACCUUUUCGCGCUUCGACGGAGUCAAGCUUGGUGCAGCCAUCGAUGAGAUCGUCUACCACAAAGACUAUGUCGACAUGAUAUCGAAAAAGUGGCUGUCAGAUGUCAUUUUCACUACAGUCGAGUCCAAGGCCAACCUAUCAGAGGUUAAGAAGGGUGCCUUUGGCGAUUUUCUCCCUAGCGAACUUUCAAAGGCUGUCAAUACUAGCGAAAUCAACGACAUCACAGUGCGCAGUUGGAUGGCAAAGGCUGAAGGAAGAAAGUCAACACUCGUAUUCUGUGUCGAUGUUGCUCACGUUGUUGAGCUAACAGAUCGAUUUCGGCAGCAUGGAUUUGAUGCUAGAUACGUAACCGGAGAAACUCCCAAAGUCGAAAGAGGUGAGACUCUGGACGCCUUUCGACGGGGCGAAUUUCCAGUAUUAGUCAACUGCGGUGUCUUCACCGAAGGAACUGAUAUCCCCAAUAUCGACUGCGUUAUUCUUGGCAGGCCGACGAAAUCGCGAAAUCUACUUGUCCAAAUGAUUGGUAGAGGAAUGCGACUCCAUCCAGGGAAGAAAAACUGCCAUAUCAUAGAUCUUGUGUCAAGCUUGGACACUGGAAUUGUGACCACGCCGACAUUAUUCGGCCUUGACCCGAACAUUUUGGUGGAGAAGGCAACAGUGAACGAACUACGCAAGAUCAAGGAUACAGAACAUGUCAAGACUGAACAGCCUAUGUCGUACCGCACAACUCCCGGGCCCGGAUCUGGCAGUGUCACGUUCACAGACUAUGACUCGGUUUUAGAUCUAAUCGCCGAUACAUCUGGCGAGAAGCACAUCCGUGCUAUCAGUCAAUACGCAUGGGUUCAAGUUGGAGGGGACAGGUUUGUUCUCUCCUCACCCAAUGGUUCUUAUAUCCGCAUCGAAAGAGUCAGUAGUGAAGCGUUCAACACGUCCGCACCUAUUUACCGAGCAGUAGAAGUGCGAGCUCUGCCACCUGGUGCUGCCAGAACACCAUACGCAAUGCCAAGGGAGAUUCUCACUGCUUCGACGUUCACCGACGCAGUGCAUGGCGCGGACAGUUUCGCGGCGAAGAAUUUCCCGCACACAUUCAUUCACCGAUACCAGAAGUGGCGAACAUACCCUCCUACACAAGGACAGGUUGACUUUAUCAACAAGUUGCGCGGCAAGGCAGAGCCUUUGAAGCCCGAAGACUUGAACAAGGGCAAGGCUGCGGACAUGAUCACAAAGCUCAAGCACGGUGCGCGUGGCCAGUUCGCAAAAAUAGAGGCGGGACAGAGAAAACAGGAUAAACAGAACAAGGCAGCGGAGGCUAAACGGCUCCGAGAGCAGGUUACAGUAGGACCUGUGGCCUCCUAA